GUUUCUAGCACUCUUGCGUGGUCUCCAGACGGUCAAGUCCGGCCAGUUCUGCACCGACCACUCCACGACCAAACUGACAGGCAGAGCUCUAUGGAGCAAAUCACCCAGCGCUCGCACGACGCCGUCACUAGCCCCACGCGGUGGACAGUCUUCUCAAGUCACGACUGUUUCCUAUGAAGAGCACCUGCGUGCUCUACGCCAGGCCCUGAAUGUCUGGGACCCACCCAACUUGAUGUACAAGUUUGCGUGCCGCAUGGCUCUGGACGACCUUGAGCCCUUUCUGGUUGCGUGUUUUGAUGACAUACAGAAAACGGACCACGAGAUGCGGGAGCGUGCGAAAAAGGCACACAUUCAGUUCCCUUUUGGCUGGCUGUAUCGUGCUCCGCAGGCGUUUACGCAGUGUCUGGAGGAGAGACUGGCCAUCCCGCUCUGUAUACUGGCUUGCUUUGCUGUUGUAUUGAAGCGGACGUCGGACACUUGGCCCGUGGAGGGUUGGCCGGAACAUAUGAUGAGCGGCAUUCAUAAAUGGGUUCCAAGGGAAUAUGCAUAUUUACUACUUUGGCCAAUGGAGGCAUGAGAGAGAAUAGAACCCCCAAGUUGACUAUUCUGAUCCC